GUUAAACUGGUCUCUCUGCAUCCUCGUCCUCGCCUGCGACCGAAGCAGGCAAGCAGACGGCCGGCUGCGCGUGUCAUCCUCAGCCUUGCCCCAGAAUCUCUCAAAGCCGGUGCCUACCAGAGCGCCGCCCCAGAGCCCACGGGUGGCCCCGGCAGUCUCUGGGGCGCAUGGGGCGGCGCUAAUCAGGCUGGCGGCGCAGGCCAGGGGCCGCUCCAACAUGAACCUCGUGGGCAGCUACGCACAUCAUCACCACCAUCAUCACCACCAUCACCAUCCGCAUCCCGCGCACCCCAUGCUUCACGAGCCCUUCCUCUUCGGCCCUGCCUCGCGCUGUCACCAGGAGCGGCCCUACUUCCAGAGCUGGCUGCUGAGCCCCGCUGACGCCGCCCCGGACUUCCCCGCCGGCGGGCCACCUCCCGCAGCCGCGGCAGCCGCCGCCUCCUAUGGUCCAGACGCCAGGCCCAGCCAGAGCCCCGGGCGGCUGGAGGCGCUCGGCGGCCGCCUGGGCCGGCGGAAAGGCUCAGGACCCAAGAAGGAGCGGAGACGCACAGAGAGCAUUAACAGCGCUUUCGCGGAGCUGCGCGAGUGCAUCCCCAACGUGCCGGCGGAUACCAAGCUCUCCAAGAUCAAGACUCUGCGCCUGGCCACCAGCUACAUCGCCUACCUGAUGGACGUGUUGGCCAAGGACGCACAGGCUGGCGACCCCGAGGCCUUCAAGGCCGAACUGAAGAAGGCGGAUGGCGGCCGCGAAAGCAAGCGGAAAAGAGAGCUGCAGCAGCAUGAAGGCUUUCCUCCUGCCCUGGGCCCAGGCGAGAAGAGGAUUAAAGGGCGCACAGGCUGGCCGCAGCAAGUCUGGGCGCUGGAGUUAAACCAGUGAGCCGAGGCCUGCGCCGAGGAUCCCGCCACAGCUGCCCGACGCAGAGCCCCAGGAGGAGAGAAGGCGGAGGCCAAUGCCCGGCUCUGGAUGCCAGGGUCUUAUAGGAGCAUCCCGCCUAGCCUCUGCUGCGUGCUGGCAGGUCGCCGGCUGCAACUACACACUUCAAUCGCACGUGCAAUGUCAUUUGAAAUUGUUUUUAAUACAUGAAGAGAAAGAGAAAUAUAUAUAUAUAUAUAUAAAACCAUCCCCACCCCUACGGCAACCGAGAGGGCGGCUCUUGGCUGCACGAUUCGAGAAGGAAGGACUGUGGGACCCAAGCACGCUAAAACGUAACCUUCCAACCCUUCUGGGGCGAAAUCAGCACCCCUAACGCCUUCCCCAUUACACUAUCUGCCUUUCUUUCUCGCGCCCCUCUCGGCUUUGCGUCAAAACCCUCCGCGUCCGCGCGCGCUCUCCUCCCUAAUUAAAAUGCAAUAAGAGGAAUCAAUAGUUUUCUGCCAGGGAAAGAGAACCAAACCAGGAAGAUGAAAGGGCUGCCUUUGUUGUUUUUCCUCAAACAGUGAUGUUUUUAUUGUAUUUUGUUUUUUGUCACUGCACUUCCUACUUAGUUCAAGGAAAACGGCUCUUUCCUUCCUUCUUCCGUUCUUUCUUGUCUUUUCUUCCUUUCCCUUCCUUCUUUCCUUUGUGAGUAAAAACUUUUCCCUAUGUUGAAAAGUUUUUAUGUAUUUAAACUACCUACCAUGCCUGCUCUGCUCAGGUGUUUGUUAAUUCCCCCAUCCCCACCCUUUUUCUACCUCAAAUCUAUAAGACCACUCACCGUCCCCUCCUUUUACCAAAGCAGUAUCUAUGCUCUUGACUAAUAAAACAUUUUUUGAAAUCA